ACAAAGGUUUUAACAAAAAUUAAAUGUGUGAUUAGCUCAUUAUCAAAGGCCAAUAAAAACACCCGCCGAAAAAAUAGCUGCCAAACCUCCAUGGCAGCAGCAGCCGCCGUUCGUUCCCUUUCCAAAUUCAAACGGGCAAUUUCAUCGGCCGCGCAAAUCCUCCAACAUCGCCACUUCUCCUCCGCUGACGCCGCAACGGCGGUGAUUAACCCGCCGGGAAAUUUCUAUUAUGACGAUAGUGAAGGUGAAGAAAGUGCAGUGUAUCAACACACUCUCAAAUUCCAACGUCCGUCAACUAUAAAACAACAACGAGUUCUCCAUAACUCCGUUAGUUUAAUUGGGAAAAUUGAUUUGCCGUUUAGAAGAGUUAACACCAGAAACGGCGCUUUUGGAGUUCAUACUUUUCUCAGUGUAUCUGCUUCUUCUCAAUUCCGUCCCUCUUUUAAAGUUAUGCUGAAGAUGUGGGAUGAAAUGGGGGAAGUGUCAAUGGAGCAUUUGAAGCCAAAGGACUUGAUAUAUGUUUGGGGUCAUUUGAGAUCAUACACCAAGAUUGACGAGAAUGGUAAACACAGGAUGAGACACGAGGUAGAUGUCAAGGAAAUAAAUUUUGUGACUCCACGUGUUCAAGCCUCAGCAACCCCAGAAUUCGAGAAGAAAGAACCAGGAGGUACAGGUGAAGAUAAAGAGGAGAAGCACAGGAACCGGAUCAGAUUGUGGCAAAUUUUCUUCGCUAGCCCUUAUGAAUGGAUGGACUUCAGGAAGGAUAAAGUCAAUCCUAAACACCCGGACUUUAAGAACAGAGAUACUGGUGAAGUUCUCUGGCUCAGGACAGAUGAUCCACCAUGGAUAAAACGACAGUUGGAUAUUCUAGAUUCUAGAUUUACUUACAAGAGUUUCUAAGAACAAUAAAGCUCCGUAUACACACAUCCUUAUGAAGGGAUGCAGAUUAAUGCUGGAACCUGGUACAACGAGAAGUUCCACUGGUUGUUACAAACAUCAGAGCUACUGUUGGCUAAUGUGCAUACUUCUCAAAUAGUAAAUAGAACAGGAUCUCCAUUAUGAACGAGAAGAAGGUUACUGUGUGCUAAUGCCACAAGUUAUGUAAUGUUGGCAGUUGUAAUAGUUAUUAGUGCUAUUUCUUGAAAAGUAUGCGUUGUACAUAAAUUUUCUUUUAGGUCAAUACUUGUAUACGAAAUUUCACGACUGUCUCCACUUUACAAACCUA